AUGGCUAACGGGACGGACAACGUAAGCCUCACCGCCCAGGAACUAACCGCAAUCGCGGAGCGCGAGUUGAAGGCCGCCAGGCAAGGAGACAUGGACGCAUUGUUCAGCAUUGGUCGCAGGUAUCAUACCGGCCUUGGACUCCCGCAAGAUUACUCCAAAGCUGCACAGUGCUAUACCAGAGCAGCACAGCAUGGACAUCGGGCGGCCCGAUACAACAUGGGUCUACUUUAUUUCCGUGGCACAGAUUUCUCGCAGGAUUACACCAAAGCUAUGGAGUGGCUCCUUCUGGCAGCUCAUCAGGAGUAUCCGGAUCCCCAGCAUGAUGUUGGGUUUAUUUUCUUGCAUGGCCUAGGGGUGCCGAAGGACUUUCAGAAGGCGAUGCAGUGGUUCUUGAAGGCCGCCAGGCAAAGGCAUGCAUUGUCGCAGCUCCAAGUUGGGAUCCUUUUCGCGAGGGGGGAAGGCGUUUUAGAGGACCUUGAGGAAGCCUUUAAGUGGGUUCUUAAAGCAGCUAAGAACGGAUACGCUGAAGCGCAAUACCAACUCGGGUUUAUGUAUGAGAGCGGACUCGGUAUUCCUGCCGCGAAUCGUACCAAGGCUCUACAAUGGUAUUCUAUGGCGGCCGACAAGGGACAUCCUUCGGCAAUGUGCCGGCUUGGUCGGUUCUUUUUUCACCGCGGUGGAUGCAUAGAGGACUACGUCAGGGCGAUGAAGUGGUUCCUUAAGGCCGUUAAUCGAGGACAUCUCGAGGCGCUGGUCCAGGUCGGGAACUGUUUUUUCAAGGGCCUCGGCAUCAAUCAAGACUAUCCAUGGGCCAAGACGCGUUACCAUCUGGCCACCAAUCAAGGACAUGCCGAGGCACAGUUCCAGCUCGCGAACUGUUUUGCGAAAGGCCUAGGCGUCACUCAGAACUAUGCGUCGGCCUUGGUGAACUAUCGUCAAGCAGCCCACCAAGGACAUUUCAAUGCCCAGUACAAAGUCGGCUACCUCCUACCGAACGGUGUAGGCUCACCUAAAGACUACCACCAAGCCAUGGAAUGGUUCAUCAAAGCCGCUAAACAAGGAUUCGUCGAAGCACUGUACGAGGUCGGGAGGAUGUACGAUGACGGUCUAGGAGUUCCUACACUCAGCGCAAUGGCUAUGGAAUGGUACCUUCAAGCAGCCGCGAAAGGGUACCCUCAAGUGCAGUUCAGGAUCGGUCGUCUGUACUGUUUAGGCCGCGGAGUUGAGGAGAGAGAUUAUGUGGCUGCGAUGGGGUGGUUCUUGAAGGCCGCGGAUCAAGGACAUAUUGGCUCUCAGUAUCGGAUUGGUGUUCAGUACCAGUUUGGACUUGGUGUUGAGAGGAGCGAUGAGUCGGCGGUAUACUGGUAUCGUAUAGCUGCGGAGAAAGGACACGUCAUGGCGCGAACUAGCUUGGACAAGUUGGAAAACUUUCCAAAGGACGAGGCCAGAGCCAUGGAGUGGUUUCUUCGAGCUGAGGAGCAAGGUUAUGCGGAAUCUCUACUGGCCAUUGGAGGGCGGGAUGUCUUUGUGGACUUUGCGAGGGCCUUUGAUUGGUAUCUGAAGGCGGUCGAACAGGGCGAUGUCGAGUCCCGGGUGGAAGUAGGACAGUACUUCCGAGAUGGAAAUGGGAUCGGCAAGAACCGCACCAGGGCCAAGAAUGACUUUCUCAACAGCAAAGCAUCCGCCGGAUACAACCCAGACGUCGAAAUCAUUCGCAAGGAGCAAUACCCACAGCUCAAAGAUGCUGUAUACCUCGAUCAUGCCGGCGCAACAUUACCCUCCCAACACCACCUCCAACAAUUCACCGCCAAUCUCACAAACAAUCUCUAUGCCAACCCACAUUCCAAAUCCCCUUCCUCCCAGGCGGCCUCGGCUCGUGUAGACUCUGCCCGUCAAAAGGUUCUGGAGCACUUCAAGGCGUCGAUCCAUGGCGAAUGGGACGUCAUUUUUACUGCCAAUGCAACUGCAGGCAUUAAGCUUGUCGGAGAAGCCUUCCCUUGGACUCGCCGAUCUGCAACUAGUAAUGGAACCAGAGCAUCCAAGCUGACGAUACUCCGGGAGGCGCAUACCAGUCUAGUAGGGCUCAGGGGCAUUGCACAUGACGACGACCGGGGGGAAAUUGACGUCGAGACAAUUCAACAGUGUCAGUUGGAGCAACAAUUGGAGACACCACUCAAGAAGGAUGACAAAACCCCAUUGAAACAUUGUCGUGACCACGCCCCCACACAAACUACUGCCCAUCCGUCACCGCCUCUUUCGCCCAACGUAUCUACGCAUCACCUGGUCAUGAACGACAACGACAACGACAGCGACACAACGGACGGCGGCGAACCAAUCUACAACCUCUUUGCUUACCCAGCGCAGUGCAACUUUGGAGGUCGCCGAUUCCCUCUCACCUGGCCAGCGCAGAUCAAGGACCGUCUCGAUACCCCUACCCAAAAGAACCUUGUCCUUCUCGAUGCCGCCUCCUACGUCAUGACCGCAGAGCUCGACCUGAGUGAUCACGCCUCCAGCCCAGACUUUAUCGUGGUCUCGUUCUACAAGAUGUUUGGAUUCCCCACAGGAUUGGGCGCCGUGAUCGUCAAGACCGAGUUGGCUGACAAGCUGAGGAAGUCGUACUUUGGUGGCGGAACUGUCUCGGCUAUUGCAUCGGACGAGUCCUGGCAGGUCUACAGGACGUCGCUGCACGGGAGGUUUGAGGAUGGAACUCUCAACUUUUUGGACAUCGUGGCGCUGGAUCUGGCGUUUGACAGCAUGCGGGAAAUCUAUGGAAGUUAUUCUAACAUCUCACCCCAUGUCACGGCCCUCCAUCGGUUGCUCUACCAGUCGAUGAGAUCUAUUAAGCACUACAAUGGUGCAUCACUUUGCGACAUUUACGUCGAGGGAAUGGACUCUGGUUCGGAACUUGUGGGCAACCCAGAGAUGUACGGUCCCAUUUUGAAUUUCAACUUGAAGCGAAGCAAUGGUCAAUGGAUCGGAUACGGCGAUGUCGAGAGGCUGGCAAGUAUGAAGGACAUCCAUCUUCGCACUGGCGGAUUCUGCAACCCUGGAUCAAUGCAGCGGUGGCUGGACUUGUCUGCCGAGGACGUCAAGAAUAAUUUGGAGGCUGGACAUGUGUGUUGGGACGAUACGGACAUUCUGAACGGCAAACCAACGGGAUCGAUUCGCGUGUCACUUGGAGCCAUGUCAACAGCAGACGACGUCGAAAGUUUCAUUGCCUUCCUGAAAGAGUACUUCAUCGACACCUCUGACCCCGAUGCCGUCACACCAACCGUCGACCUCAUCGGAGAGACCGAGGAGCUCGAUGCCACAAGUGAGGACUACCCUGAUUUCAUUUCCUCCGCACCUGUCCAAGCCCACUCUGUCAUUAUUUACCCAAUCAAGUCCUGCCGGGGGUACAAGAUACCUCAGGGCCAGUCGUGGCCUAUCGCACCACAUGGGCUUCUCUAUGACCGCGAAUGGAUGCUGGUCGAUGAGGUCUCUGGGGCGGCGCUGACGCAGAAGCGGUUCCCGAGGAUGUGUAUGAUCCGCGCUGAGGUCCUCCUGAACCAGAAUUUGUUGGUUGUCGAAUCCGACGAGGACCUCUCGUCCAGCACUAAUGUGUCUGACGGUCUCAAGAUCAGCAUCACUGGUCAGAAAAAGCUAUAUAUCUCCCUCGACGAGAUGCCUACCCAGGCUGCCAAGAGCUCAUCGAGGGUCUGUGGUGACUGCACUGCAGUGGUUCACUAUACGGCGCCCGAGAUCAAUGAGUGGUUCUCUCGGUUCUUGGGUAAGCCCUGUCGUCUAGCUCGCCAACCCGUGGCCUCUCAAAACCCUCAUCAGGGAGCAGCAGCGUCGUCAUCCAAGACCGUCUCGACCGACUCUGCUGCUGUCUCGCCAUCGUCUCGGUUCGUAAAGUCGCAUCUGAAUGCCCCAGAGGGGGCCCCGAUCCUGCUGUCGAACGAGAGUCCGUUCCUACUGAUCGCCGACAAGUCGGUCGAACGGGUCCGGGAUUGGGUCGAUCAACAGGAUGAUGGCCAGGGUGCUGUCCGAAGAAUGGCCAAUCUUGCGGAGGAUUUAGACAAGAAGCUGAGGCAUGAGCUGACUUCUGAUAGCUUCCGGGCUAACUUUGUGACCAAGGGACAGCAGAACGGGUUCGAGGAGGACCAUUGGACGCGGAUUCAAGUUGGAAAGCAGGUGUUUGAUAUUCUGGGACCGUGUCGUAGAUGCCAUAUGGUGACCAUCGACCAAUUGACAGCCAUGAAGAACACAGAUGUCUUCUUGGCCCUUUCCAAAAACCGCAAGAGUGCAGGGGGCCAAAUCUUUUUCGGAAUGCAUAUGCUUCAUAGACCAGACCUGUCAGUUGCACCCUACGAAGUCAAGGUUGGCGACAUGAUCCGCACUCGUCGUCGUGUCUGCUCUCACUCCCACUGA